UCCCAUUGGGGUCCCCUGGGCCCUGGCAGAUUGCCGGGGACCAGGGAAAACCCCUGCAGGCCGCAUCGGUUCGCCUCGUAAGAUAGACUCAAAUUUAUGCCUUCCCCUGUUCGCUCUCUAUCUAUCGCUUUCCAUCUCUUCUACGUUUUUUACGCGUUUCCGUUUUCAUUUCUUUAGUUCUUAUGAUGAUUAAUGAUUUCGUGUGAAAAAAUUCUAUAUUGGCUCUUCUCGUCUUGGUUGGUUUCUAACCCAGUUAGACAGCCUCACUAACGCUCCGUCGCCGUGAGGUCUGAGUCGCCUGACCACCUCAGUAACGCCAUUCUACGCUUUUGGUUUCUUGGACUAGGGUUGGGUUCCUUUCCUUUAUUAGGGACACAUUUCUCUUCCGUGAGUGUUUCUGUGGGCGCGCCUUGGUCUGGAAGCUCGGCCAGCAAUCAAUUUCUAGUGACCAUUCUUCCUUACUUUAACCCAGUAAUGAUGAGAGGCUCUGAAGAAAUUCCUGAUCCUACUGGGGAACUCAGUGUUAGUUUUGGAUAUCAGUGCAGCACUAUUUGUCGCAACAUCUCCUCUACCAUACCUAAUGAGCUUGAGUUUCUGAUGGGGAUUCAGAUAGAAGACCCCAAUGUGAGAAUGAGGAGCAGCUCUUUUUCUUGUUUGUCUGGUGCUGCUCUUGGUGCUAAUGCUACCCUGGCAAAUACAAAUAUUUGCAAUGGUUUGAUUGGAGAGGAAAUACUGCCUGGUUUGGAUUCUCCAAAAUCAUUUAGAAGGAUGGCAUCUUCUCCUACUCUUUCACGGUUAGAUCCUGUAUCUUCCUCCUCUCAGAGCAGCUUGUUUUCUUUAAGUGGAAGUUUAUCCAUGGAGAACGAUAUUGAAAACAUCAGAAAUUUGUGGAAGCCUAUGAGUGCUUCCACAAGGAUUGAGUCUUCAAGCUUUCUCAAUGCUAUGGAUGUACAAAUGGCUGGUGGGGCUGCUGGGGAGGACAGAGUGCAAGCUGUAUGUUCUGAAGAAAAUGGAUGGCUCUUUUGCGGGGUUUACGAUGGAUUCAAUGGACGGGAUGCAGCUGACUUUCUAGCUGGAACCCUGUAUGAAAAUAUAGGGUUUUAUCUUCAUUUGCUGGACUGGCGUACAAGGAAGGAACGGUGUCCAUCCAAAAGUAAUUUAGCAGAGGAAGGCACCAUCAGGAGUGAGUUUUCUAUCACUAAUGAACAUGAUGCUUCAGAUCUAGAAAGGGAAGGAACAGUCCUUCCACAUUCUUCAGAUGUGGAGGUUCUAUCUGAAUCUUUCCGUCUUGGUGUGAUAGACUGCCUUAGUCAUGCCCUAGCCCAAGCUGAGAGCGAUUUUAUGUACAUGGUUGAACAGGAAAUGGAAGAACGGCCUGAUUUGGUAUCUGUUGGAUCUUGCGUCCUUGUGGUGCUUCUUCAUGAGAAGGACUUGUACAUUUUAAAUAUAGGUGAUAGCAGGGCUGUGUUGGCUACAAGUGAUGCCCAAGAGGAUGGUCUACUGAAGGCCAUCCAGUUGACAGAAACUCAUACAGUUGAUAAUGAAGUCGAAUGCAAGAAAGUUUUGGCUGAUCAUCCUGAUGAUCCAUCCCCUAUUGUUGGGGGAAGAGUGAAAGGGAAGCUGAAGUUAACCCGGGCAUUUGGAGUUGGUUAUCUGAAAAAGAGCAAAAUGAACGAAGCACUGAUGGGCAUCCUUCGAGUGCGAAAUUUGUGUAGUCCUCCUUAUGUUUACACCCACCCAUUCACCAAUAUCCAUAGGGUGUCUGAUAAUAAUAAGUUUGUUGUUCUGGGGAGUGAUGGAUUGUUUGACUUCUUCAGCAAUGAUGAAGUUGUGCAGCUCGUUCAUCUGUUUAUCCAGGAUACCCCUUCUGGUGAUCCUGCAAAGCAUUUGGUCGAGCAACUUGUUUUGAGAGCUGCAGAGAAUGCAGGUUUCAGCACUGAGGACUUGUUGAAGAUUCCUGCUGGUAGAAGGAGAAAGUACCACGAUGAUGUGACAGUUAUCGUAAUCAUCCUUGGAAAUAGGCAGCGGACAUUGACUGCUUCGACAUCUUUGUAGCCGUCUCUAGGAUACGGUGGUUAGCGGGUGAGAUAGCCGUUGGUUUUGGCCAUUCAGACAAUCGGGUAGGAACCCGCUGACAUCGAGUAUAUACUGGAACGGUCUGGGAUUUACCGCUGGGAUUCUGUUUCCAAUGGCCUGCUUCACUGCACAUUUGCACAUUUUCUCUUUCAAUUGAUGUAUUAGUUUAUUAAUGUACAAAUUCUGUGUGAAAUGCAUUCUUGUCAAAUUUUAUAGCUUUACAAAGGUAGUUGGAGUGUAUUAGUAAUCAACUGAAGUAUGGAUUCUGUCCUCAAGCUAU